AUGUGCGAAGGCGUGCAGGUGUGGUGUGUGUUCAAUGUCAUGCACGCAAGAAAACGUCGAGGCUUGCGCAAAGAGGGACAACACCGCCAACCGGCAAACUCGACUCCCGUACUACGAGUACCCGUACCGGAGUUGCCAGAAGUGAGUGAAGCUGAUGUUGUCCAACAUCAAACUGACUCGCCCGACAAAUUUUUGGGUUAUCUUGCCAAGGAGUCCUUUCUUUCCAACACAUGUCACCCUGAUAUCAAUGAGGCCGAAGCUGUCGUAUCUCCACAACCGAAUCCACCCACUCUGGAUUCUGCUCUGACCCUUGCUCCAGAGCCGAUACUCAAUGCCUUUUUCGAUGUCUAUUUUACCAAUUUCUUUCCAUUGGUGCCGGUGGUCGAUCGGCUAGAUGUGAUGACACACCGUGAUUCCCCUCUGCUUAUACAAUGCUUGUGCAUGCUUGGCAGUCACUAUCGUUAUCCCCGGCUGGCAUCCAUCCCAACCGCGGAAUCUUUCUAUGGCAAAGUCAAGACAUUAGUGAAUAAAAACUAUGAGAAGGAUAGCCUCACUACCUUGAAGGCUUUAUCUCUAAUUGCCUGCCGGAGUGCUGAAUCACCGACAAACGUUAGCCUUGAUAGUCCAUGGCACUGGCUUGGUGUGGCCACACGUUUUGCCUUUAAUAUGGGCCUGCACCGCGAGAUGACAUACCAAGGAAGACCUGCAGCCGGGAUGAGCCGACGGAUUUGGUGGAAUCUCUUCAACCAAGAUAAACUACAAUCUCUUUGCUACGGGCGACCCCCAGCAAUACGCCUGCAUGAGAUCGACGUGAAUCUACCUACUUUACAGGACUUCUCUGUACCUCAUGCUGAUAACGAGGCAUUUCUCCAAAGAACAAAGAUUUGCAUUAUCUUGGGAAAGAUCUCUGAUGCUCAAUAUGGUCGACAUCAACGUUCAAUACUCGAAGAAACAACAAAUAUUGACGAAUACCUGAAGCAAUGGAUUGAUGAACUCCCUCAAGGCCUACGGCUCUAUGAGUUCGACGGUCAGACCCGUGCACCUUACCGACGAGCUGCAUCAGAACUCCACAUAAUGUAUUUCACCUGUAUCAUUCUAUCUUAUCGCUUGACUGAGAGCGCGCGUCUCGGGUCGGUAUCUCUCAAGGUUUCCAUAGUUGCCGCGUCUUGCAUGCUGCAGCUUUUCAAGGAGAUAUAUUAUCGAAGCGAGAUCGCCUUUCUCCUUCCAAUCAAUAAUUGGUACUGUAUGGUAGCCAGUGUGCCUCUCAUCCAUGCUAUUCUAGCAUUUCCAGAAGAUGCUGCAAUGUACAGAGAGGAAUUCGAUAUUCUACGCCUCGUACUCGUUGAGAUGACACAUACCUCGCCAAGCACCAAAUUGGUCAUUAACAACAUCGAUCGUGUCCAGCGGUCUAUCUUGGCAACACCCAGCGAGGAGCUUAACUCAAGGGCUUCUCUUGGAUUGAUCAAUGCCGCAUUCUCUGAAAGCCGUGAUGCUAUACUCUGGACUCGAUUUCGUCCUGUGGAAUCACGGCUACUGUUUCCGUUUCCUUCUUCCAUGAGCCCAUGUAUGCAUCUGCUUCAGUCUGUUGCUCAAAUUACUAAAGAUGCUGCUGCUUGCGCUGACCUGCCCAUGGAUUCGUUGCCUGGAGAGGAGCAGAGAGCUGGAGAGGAACCAGAUCACAUGGAAUUUCCUUUCAACUUUGAUUUUGGAAAUGUGCAAAUGGAUGAUUUCUUGCUAGCGCUUUCUGAUGUCGAAAUUCCUCAAUUUGAACAAAAUAUCUUACUUUAG